GGAUGGCUGCUCUUCCGCUUCUUUUCCUGAAAGAACGGCCGUUCUCUUAGGACGAAAAGGUUCCCUGAGACCUCUGUGGUGUCCCUGUCUGGUUUCGCGUUACAGGAAGAGCAUAGCUGGUUGUCAGGGAAAGUAGUUGUUGUGACAGCAUCCUUGGAAAGCUGUCAUGGAGGAGUUGGUAGAAGAUGACAUCUGUAUUUUGAACCAUGAAAAAGCAGACAACAGUCAUAAGAGAGGUGGGGAGAUUCCUGUUUCAUCGUAUAGUGGAGAUGAGUCUGUUGCCUCACACUUUGCUCUUGUCACUGCAUACGAAGAUAUCAAGAAACGGCUAAAGGAGACAGAGAAGGAGAACUCCUUCUUAAAGAAAAGAGUGAGAAUUCUGGAAGAGAAGCUCCUUGGCUCCCGACUAGAAGAGGAGUGCAGUUCAGUUGGUCGUGAACAAGUAAAUAAGGCUUACCAAGCCUAUCGAGAGGCCUGCAUUGACCGAGAUAACCUGAAAAGCAAACUGGAUAAAAUGAUGAAGGAAACUUCAGAAUCCCUGAAAAUCUUGAAUGAGCAGUUGCAAUCUAAAGAGGUAGAGCUCUUACAACUAAGAACCGAAGUGGAAACUCAACAAGUGAUGAAAAAUUUGAAUAGUACUCAGUCUAGCUGGGAAAUAGAGAAGCUGAACAGUGACCUGAAAGUGCACAGUCUGGAAAAGGAUUUAGAAAAGCUCAAGAAAGAGUGCAAUGGUCUCAGAAAGGAGCUGCAAAAAUCCAAGCAGAAGGACCAGGCUCAAGAAGAAAAUCCGCUAAAUGGAGACCUCCUUCAAAACCAAAACAUUCAGAGUGUGCAACAAGCAUAUUGGGAACUGAAGAGAGAAAUGUCUAAUUUGCACCUUGUGACUGAAAUGCAAGCUGAGGUUCUACGAAAACUGAAAACAAACUCAACAGCGACCAAGAAAGCUGCUUCAUCUGCACCGGUACAGUGUGUUGAAGACUUGGAGAAGAACCUUACAAAGUUGCAUUUGACUACAUCUGGGGUAGUCUAUAAAAAACCGUCUCUUUCGCAAAACGAUCAAGUACUCUGCAAUGCUAUACCCCUCCCUCUGCUGAGAGAUGUAAAAAUCCCAUCUGAAAGAGUGACUCUGCAAGCAUGGACAGAUGAGAGUCCUAUUCCAGUUGAUGGUAAAACAUUUCAAGAACAUCAUUCUUAUGGAAAGAGCUCUCUGGAAGAUAAUUCCUGGGUAUUCCCAAGUCCUCCGAAGCCUAAUGAGAAUGUGUUUUGGGAAAUGAAAAACAAGACAUCGCUGUUAAACUGUCCAGCAGAUUACCUGGAUCAGUGUAAUCAAAAUUGCCUGCACAAGAGUUGAGCAAUUUUUAGAAUGAACUGAGGCAUUUUUAGAGUGGUUCUGAAUAGGCACCUUACUGCUGGAACUUUUUGAAGGGGGAAAACAAUUGGUUGAAACAUUCUUUUUUUUUUUUUUCCUUCUUUUUCUUCUUCUAGUUCCAAAACAGAAAGCCUAGUCUUUCUCUGCUGUAAAUUAAGGAGCAAGUUCCUUGAAGUUAAAGCUGUGCUGGUAUAAUGUAAAUGUAAACAAAUCUAGCAUGGGGCCUAGAUUUUUUUUUUUUUUACUGCAAAUGGCAGGCAUUUGCAGAAAAUUACACUGAAAAGUUAGUUCUUGGAAUAAAACAAUAAUCCAGUUCUUUAUUUGUUUGCUAUUUUGUAUAUUCUCAAGAAAAUAGUUGGUAUCCUAUGUUAAAACUUGUAACAGCUCUGAGCUAAUUUUUUGACAGUGUUUUUUCUUGAAUUAAGACAAGAUAAAGAAUUUGAGUAUCUCUCCUUCCCUCCUUUCAAUUAUUUUCUGACUCCUCUGGUUUAGAAAUACAUUUUUGUGUGAUUUUUAUAAAGAAAAAAGUGAGAUUUUUGUCAAAACUUUGAUUUUAUAUUAGAUAAUGGCAAGGGAAAAAAUACUCCUAGCCUAGGUUGCACCAUUAUAGGCCUUAUUGUGAACUAUAAAGGAUCGUAGGUAAUGCUGCUGAAAGUUAUAAAUCUUAGAUGUUCAGCUUUCUCUCAGUUCAUACUGAGGAAACUGAUCUUAUUCUACGCGCGAUGGUGCCUGCCACAGAAUCAUCCUAUUCACAAUGCAGUUGUCUUUAUUGUGCCUCCUUUGCACACCACCAGAACCUUGACAUUUUAUUUGUAUGGUUGUUAAGGCUGCUAACUUUUCUUUCAUUAAAGAAACAAAGCCUUAAUUUAAUCAGACUAGAUGUUUUAGCAUUGUUGAUAUAUGUAAGAAUAAUUCUUGUGGCAUCUUUAAUAUGCCACUGAAACUAAUAUUAUUUGAAUUGCAACUGCUUGCUUUAUAGUUUGAAUUUCCAAGUAGUACUUCUGCUUUUUCUCUUAAGCCAAGAACUUUUUUUAGACAAAUACAAUUUAUGCUUAUUUUUUUAAAAACUGCUCUGCUUAAUAUCUGGCUUAAUGUAACAAGGUUAAGUGAAAUGCCUUGACUGCUCAAUACCUUGAAGGAAAAUGCUGUGUAUUUUAGAUCUUUGAUAUCUAACUUAUAAGGGGUGGGGAAGUUGAUCAAUACUGUUAUUUACAGGUGUGUGGAGGGUGAAGCAUUCAAAUUCACAGGUUCAGCGUCAGUCUAAUAAAAAUUAAUUUCACAGCUAUUUAGUAGCAAAUUAUCUUAAAAUUACUUGCAAAUACAUGGCAAAGUUAUGACUGCAGCCUAGCCAUAUUAGUGAUGGACUGUAAAAGUGUUAUUUAACCUGAGGUGCUACAUGAUCUGUGUGGUUCUAGACACUUUCUUUCCUGUGGAUUGAGUACUUCAUAUGAUGCCCAUCUUCUUGUGUUUGAGUUUGUCUAUCAAAGUGGAAAGAAUCUUUCAGAUACCUUCCACUGUAUUAGUGAACAGCAUACAUAAAUAAUGCUUCCCAUUCACCACAUACUGUUUUUUAUCUUUCUAUUAUCUUGCUCACGUAUACGGGCUUGUCUGUGAUUAAUGGAAAUGGUAUCAGAUGCUGGAAUUUAUUCUGACCAAUGAACACAGCUGACUCAGGGGAGUACAAUCUCUUGGAAAGUAAUAGAACAAAACCCAAUAUGCAUAAAACAAAUCCAAGUCACUAGGCUUUAGCUGAUAGAACCAACUACCUGUGUAAUAACAAAGUGGCAGAAACCAUUUCUCAUGUGGCUGCAUAGACUAUAUUGCAUCUAGUUCUAAUGUAACUUACUUUUUGAGUAAGUUACUCAAAAAGUUACUCACUCCCCUUCAUUAAAAAGAUUUUUUUUGUUAAGUAAUGUGUUAUCCAACAGACAUCAAUCUGAUUAAUACUUUGAAUUGUGCAAUGAAGGAAUCCUACUGUGUAAGAUUUUAAAUAAAUUUAUUUUUAUUUGAAAUGGGUUUCACUUACAAAUCUCCUUCUAGUAUUUGACACAACAGUUUUUACUAAGUUUUAAUUUCUUGAUUGUGUAUAAAGGUCAUUCCAAAUACAAAGCAUUAGAUUUGAGGUUCAUUCUCAUCUAUUGAGGAAGAAAAUAAACAUCUUCCCUAGACUGCUUUGAUGUCCUCUGAGAAAAGAAUUCCCCUGGAUGUUGAAAACUGAAGAGCUUAGUCACCUUAAGCCACAGAGUGUUCCUGUGGUUUCACUACUGUGUCAAAAGGUGCCCUGUCAGCCUGCGUGCCUUGAAAGGGAAAGUUAAAAAUGAAGCUUUUCUGUUGUGUGCCAAGAGAAUUCCUGGGCCUUGUCUUCUACUCUUGGUGUAUCUUCUGUGCUGCAGAAGGGAACAGUGAAGGAAAGUGACGUUUGCUGAGAGGGACUUCAGAAGAACCGCUGCCAUGUGAGAGAUAAGGGCUUGCUGUAGGCAGGAUUUCCAAUCCAAUCACUCAUUGCUGUGGCCAAACCAUAACACUAGAAAAAGAAGUCCCCAGAUUUCAAGUCACUUGGGAGCUGGCUGGCUUGUGAAGCAUCUGCUGGUCUGAAGCAUACAAUCAAAUUUUGACUUGAGAUGGAAAAGUCACUUAAAUCCAUGCCACUGAUGACUUCCAGUGCUUUUCCCAUUUUCAGAAAUGAAAGCUUUUCAUCAUAGCGACAGCAAAUUAAAUGCAGAAGUAGCAGUAGUAAAGGGAUUCUGGUUUUUUGUGUGCACACAUAUGCAAUUUUACUUCUUUAUAUAACGUGUAAGGUAUGGAUCAAAAUUCUCAAAUAAGCAAGGUAAAUGAGGAAAAAUCACUUGAGUGCAAACUUUGAACAUUUUAAAACUUCACCUAACCUACGGACUGGAUUAUUUGGUAUUUCUCAGAAAGUACUAAUUCCAUUUAACAAAUACAGAAGACAGCUUUUCAGGAAGGAGGAGGUUGUUACUGUUUGCUUUGCACAUUUAAGUGAGCAUAUGGCAAACUGAUGAAUAUGUAUUUGGAUCUUGGGAGAGUUAGACUAACCUAAUAACUCCUAAUAUAAACUCUCAGUGUUUGGUUCAUUGUAAAUACUUUGAAAGUCUGAUUGUUGAAAGCCUUGCCAGUUUUGUGGGUUUACAACUGAUCGGUUUUCUUCUUACGUGAAACAUCCAUGUUAAAAAGGAAGAAAAGCAAACUCCCAACUUGGCUGUAACGUCAGCCAAACUCCCAACCUGGCUGUCAAACUUUUACAGCUGGAGAAAGACAACAGUUACACUAGACAUAUAGCGGAGUUACAGUAAGAUAGUACUCAUACAGCCCCUUUUGUAUGAGUACAUAUGAACUAUGAGUAUAUAUGUAUGAGUAUAUAUGAACUAUAUAUGUGAAGUAGAUUUAAUCUUAUUUCAAAUAUUACUUGCAGCAGACUUUGAGGGUCCUAUACACAGACUCCUGUAUUUUUUAAUGAUGCUUUGGCCUAGUAAAGGAAGUGUGAAAAGUCUCAGUACCUGACUGUGACUCUUCUGCAGUUGCUUCUGGUCUUCAGACAGGACCUGUGCAGAAAAGUGGUGGCAGACAGGAAAGGUGUUCUCCUGUUGCAUUGUGCAGUUUGAAUACAAAAGGGACCUUGUUUGUUUUUGUAAAUGUCAAAUGUCAGGCUUUUGCUUCUUUUUAUGUCUUUGUAGAGGAAAGGGUCUACUGCUUGCAAAUAGUAUGAAUGUAGGAGGACAGUGGGCAAAAAUAUUUCAUUCUUUUUUAAAUUAUUGGCACUAAAUGUGAGCAUUUCAUUUAAUCAAGUUGCACAUUCCCAAGACUGAUAAACAGUUAACCCAUUUAAAUAAAUCUGUUCUCUACAGUAAAUGUGUUGUGGCAUGAACUCAGAUCUGUAUCUGCCAGUUUGAGUCUUUCACUGUAUUUUAUGAUGGAAGAGACUAAGCAGUAUAAACACCAAGGCAGCCCUAGAUACUGCAAUUGAUAAAAUGAUGGUGUUCGAAUACGGAGGUUUGAUCUGGGGGAGACACAUGACAGAAAUAAUUAGAUGCUUACUAAACUGAGUGUUAGUCUAACUUGUAGGAUACUUGAAACUAGAUGAUGCACCAUGUAAGUUUUAACUCUAUUUGACCAUUUUUACACCUGUGGAAUAAACAGAGAAGACACUCUUGCAGGGACUACUUGAGGAGUAUGGCUAUACUAAAAAUGAGGAAGAAUGGGUGUUUUUGGCUUACAAAGACUGUAAUGGUAGGUGGCUCCACUUCUCUUUGAAAACCCUAUGCAGUUUAAAAAAUGACUCCCUGCAAUGAGUUUUCAUUUUACUCUACAAAGGUGAACUUUUAAAAUAAUACACCCUUGUCUCCCCUUUAGAGUUCACAUUUUUAGGUGGCUUGUCUCUCAAGGAGUUUGAAGUGAAAUUAGUAUAUUGAAAAAAUGCAGCUUGAAAUGAAAAAAAAAAAUCUGUAUCAUCUUGGGUACUGAUCAAGUUCUCCCAAGUGCUAUGAAGGGUCAAAGAAGACAGGUGCCUUUACUGCAGAAAACGUCACAGAGAGCUUGAUGCGCUCUGUGGAGCUGCUAGAUAAUGAACCGGUCCUUUAGCCCUUACUUCAUCAGGGUCAAUAGCGCCACAUAGUGGGGGGUUUUGAACUAGCUGAGCGCAUGGUUCCUAUUAAAAAAAGGUAGCUUGGUGUGUGGGCUAUUGUAUGGCUAAAAUCAGAACUGCAAACAUUCAGUAACUCAAUUUUUAAGAAAGCUGGUUGAAUGUUAGAAGACAUCAGGCACUAUAUGCAGUUGUUAACUGUGAUGGCUUAGCUGCAUUGCCACACUUCAGACUUCACCUGAUCUACUGAAGUUAGUCCCUGCCUUGGUAUUUACAUAAUCGUUUUAUGUUAAUAGGCUAGCUUUUGAAAACAUUGAAGAUGUACCUAGACUAACUCCACCAACAGUAUAUGCGGUCUACGUAGGAGGAAAAGAGGUGCUUUUUAAAAAACGUUCAGGGUGUGGCUAACAAUUUUCCAGUUUACUGCUGUAGCACAGCUUAGGGCUUUGUCAAUACUACUGAUGUUUUUUUACAUCGAUUAGAAUCUAAAGUUGCUUCCUGUUAACUUCAGUAGGAAGGAAGGGUUGCAGCUGAGGCAAAACCAAAACCCAAAGCAAUUUACUAGUAUGAGUUUGUCAUUUCAUAGUACUCAUUUUUUUCAUUUAAAUAAAAGAUGUAAGUGCAAUUAAAAUACAGGAUAAUGCAUAAGACAUUAAGAAAGUGCAAGGUGUGAAAUCAAGAAUUCAGAACUAGGAAACAUCAAAUUAAGGCCACGGGUCUAUUACAGAGGAAGUCAGCGGCACAGCAAAGAAAGAGCAGAACCCAGCUCUUGAAUAAGUGCCACAGUAAACAAAGGAGGAGUUGCAAUAACCUACAUUGUUGCAUGUUUAACUAGGAACUGGGUUAAGAGAAAGUCAUGGUUAACAAGCAUAAUUCAGUGCAUGCAAUUUCAGGCUUGACAGUAGAUCUUAUUUAUCACCUCAGAAGCGAGUGUUUGCAGUCCUUCAUAUAACACACCUGUAAAAUGGUGAAGGAAUAAUACCUGUAGGUUAAAAACGGCUUUGUUCCAUUAGAGCUAUUAAUUUGUCACCACCCAUACUAGGCAAUGCACUGGCGUUUCCCCUCACCAGCUGAACACACCUUCCACUAAAAGCUAGAAAAGGAGAAAUGUGUUGCUGGUGCUGUUGUCCGUAUUUGCCAGCUGUGGCAUGAGGCGGAGUAAGACCCAGGUGUGCUCUUGGUGAAGGCACCUACCACUGGCAGCACCUGGCACUGCCUCCCAGAGAAUGCGCACCACAGCCCUAACCUUCUUUGGAAAUGCUUCUAACAAAGUUAAGAACAGCCAGGUUCUUUUUUUUUUUUUUUUUUUUUUUUUUAAGAGCUAUAUAAAUGCAGCAGAUUUUCAUAAUGGAUAACAGAAAAACUGCUGUCCUUAAAAACAUUUCAUGAUCUACCUUUUUAAAAUUUAUGUAGAAAAAUUUAUUUUCCACUAACUGAGAUUUUUUAAAAUAAUUGUUAUUAUUUCCAAAUUGCUCAGACUGAGGAGCCAAGAGCAAGUACAGGUGUAAGAAACUGGAGUCCACAGGAGCUACUUUACAGUGGUUAGUUUCUGAGCUGACUGCCACAUACAUUUCCCUAACAAGCCAGCAUACUAUACAACUUUUCAGUCUUUUGUUCACAAGCUCUCCCUAAUCCUCCAGCUGAUCUGCUGUCUAAUAAAAGAAGCAUUACUAUUAUUAUUGAUUAUCCCAGUAAGAGGCACAGAUUAAAGGGCAAGGACUAACCUGUGAAGUUAAUCUAAGUACUUCACCUACAUGCUUCUUUGAAAGACUGAUCUGAAUUUCUGAUUUGAAUAUCUUUUGAGCAGUACCUAUUUUGUGGUGAAACAGUACCAUCAGGAACAAGUUAUAUUCUGCACACAUCUUUGAUGGAAAAGUAACAAAUGCUACUAUUUGCUCAGACUAAAUAACUUUUUUUUUUUUUCGGAGCAUGAAAGCUACCAUGUAAGGUACUUGUCAUGAGUGAAGACUUUCUUUUCUGUAAAGAAAUUUCUUACUCAUUUCAAAAUGCUUCAAAAGAUGACCCAAAAUUGUGCUUAAAGCUCUACUAUCUCCAGUGAAGCCAUUUAUGUAUUUGAGAGUUCUACAAUUAAGCUGCUUCAAGUAUGCAUAUACAAAAGAUCUUGAACUACCCCUUUUUAAAUAGGGACUUGCUUGCACGCUCUAGUUCCUUUAACAGUCAGUGUUACUAGAUGUUUAAGAGUUGACCUGCACCUUGCAUAUGUGGUUUAGCUGUUUGUUCAUCACUACCUAUAAUAAUUUUGCAAGUGUGGUCACUCACUCCUGAUAGAAGUUUAUAUAAUCCUCUUCUUUCUGAAAGAGGAAAGUGAGGAGGAUACUGCUCUUCAUGUUCCGGCCUUCAAAGUAUGUGACUCCUCCCAUUCUUAAGAGAGGUCUAGAUCAGAAGACUUUUUUUCUUCCGGAGCCAAAGCAGUCGAUCUAGGGCCAUGCACAGGCAGACUGCAUCCAUCUUGUCUGACAGUUGUAGACUUAUUAAAAAAUGAGUCUCACUAUAGUCUCAUUGUAGUACUACCAGGCGCUCUCAACGUUUUAACAAAAAAGAUAAAGCACAUUGGUCCAAGAAGCUCUUGUGCAAUUUGCCACUGUUGUCCUCUAGCAAGAGCAUCAUUUUGUUUAAAGUGGGCAAUGCAACAUGUUUAAAAUGGUGAUUAGACCUUCUGCUAUGCAUUUUGCUCUUUUUUUUUUUUUUUUGAAGAGUAACUUCGGUCCUGACCUUCUCCGUUUGUCUUUUGCUAUUGGAAGACACCACUCCUUACCGAUCUUUACCAGCAUCUCAGCCUCCUUCCACAGGCAAGAAAUCCACUUGGUAUUCUGUUCUUCCAGGGACAGUUCUGUUGAUUGCUGUCUCUAUAUACCCUUAACUUCACAUGAAAAACAGACUGAUUCUAGGGUAGGCCCAAUUUGUGAUCAGUGACAACACCACUUAAAUUUGUCACCGUUAAGUUAUGCAGACUGCUAUAUAUCAUGUAAAUCAGUACACUCUCUAGAACACAAGGAUCAUAAAAAUCUCAGGUCCGCAGGGAGAGGAACAGACCUUUGCAAUUUCACAAACUGUGACAGCAUGCUUCAUAUCUUUAAUUAUAUAAAAUUAACAUUUUUGACUUUUAAGUUCAGACAUUUUAUUCUCCAUACAUCUCACUUUGUGUAUUUCAGUUAAAUUCCACUCAGACGGCUACAGGUGAUUUAAGAAGUCUGUUUAAAUCGGUCAAAUCAAAGUUAGAUACAAAAUCUCUAAACUUCAUUGUAAGA